CAGGGGGGACGGAACUAUUUCCAAUUCCAGCGCCGCGGCAGCCGUCGUCGCGAGAAGACGUAGGAGACCGGUAGUUCGUGGAAGGCAAGCACCAUAACAGACCUCGCGAUCUCGUGGUGGUGGCAGUCGUUGACGACAAGGAUGAGUCAAUUCGCACAUGGAAUUCGUUCAUUUGACGCUACGUCCAUACCCGACCCAACGGCAACAUCCAGCAGCGAGGAAGCCGUGGACGGCCACAAUACAACCCAUGUUCUAGGCGUGGCGCAUAGCUCCGCCUCUUCGCUUGUGGUGCAUCUCCAGUCCAUCGUAUGGUUGACGUACCGGAAAGAUUUUGCGCAAAUGGUGCCAUACAACUUUACAAGCGAUGCAGGAUGGGGAUGCAUGUUGCGGUCGGCACAGAUGCUGCUCUGCGAAGCCCUCCUGCGAAAUCUCCCGAUCCAUGCCGAUCGACGCUUUCAAUGGAACGACGCAAGUGCUGAGCUACCUUCCUCCGUCGUACAGGUCUUGCGAUCCUUCGUUGAUUCCCCGUCCACCAAGUGCACUUUCGGGCUCCACCGACUGGUGCAGGUCGGCAUGCAGUACGACAUGUUGCCUGGAGAAUGGUAUGGUCCCACGACUGCGGCGCAGGUUUUGCGUGAUUUGGUGAAUGAGCAGACCCACUUCGGCAACCUGAACCUUUGUAUGUACGUCCCUCAAGAUGGCGUUAUCUACACGGACGAAGUCAACAAACUAUGCAUCACCUCGUUCGUGGAGCCCGGAGUCGCUACCCCGUCCUUGCACCCGUCGAUGUUCUACGAUCCAUUGUUCAAUCCCCCACAAGUGGACGUCGCUGCAGACUGGACCCAUUCGUUGCUCAUCUUGGUACCGCUGCGACUCGGGCUCGAUAAGAUCAACGCCACGUACAUCCCAGCGUUGACGGCCUUCUUUUCCUUCCCGCAGUCCGUCGGGAUCAUCGGCGGCAAGCGCGGCCAUUCCGUGUAUUUUGUCGGUGCGCGCGGACAUCAAUUUCACAUUCUCGACCCCCAUACAGUCCAUCCGACGCCAGACGCCGACGACGCCGCCUUUCCCACGGCGACGCAUGCCCGAACGAUCCACUCGACCGACCACCUCGUCAUGGAAGUGGACUACAUUGAUCCGUCCCUCGCCCUUGGAUUCCUAUGCAAGUCUCGCACCGACUACGACGACCUCACGGCCCACGUGGCUGCCCUUGCUGCCACACACACGUGUCCCAUCUCGAUUGCCGCCGCAAGGCCAGACUACGCGCAAGACAGCUCCGAGCUGCACUCGGUCUCGGGAGACUCGGCGACAGACGGCGGGGAUAUUGACGACGAGGACGAUUACGUGUUGAUUUAGAACACGAUUGAAAGAAAUUGCAUUGAGAGAUCGAGUACUGUAGCAUUGCUGUGCGUUCGUGUGGGUGUGUGAAUAGCAUGCAUGC